UUGCGUCGCGUGCACCAUGAAGCGCAGGUGGAAAGACAGACAGCGAAUGGACAGGCACGUCGCGGCGCCUGCGCGUAAUGACGAUAUUCUGUUUAGAGUUCUACCACAAAUCAACAAGAGGAUCGACAUUAAACUAAGUGGGAUCAUUAAACAAGGGGGAAGAUGAACAAUCGCCUCUCUCAAAGCAAAUGACAGGAUCAUUUAUGAAAUGGCAACAAAGGAAUGAACACAAGUCAUGAGUUACACACUGAAGAAAAGAGAGGGAAAUAAACACAAAGUGGAACAAAGUGGGCCGAAAGGAGAGGAAGUGAGAAAGAAACAGGAAGAGAAACACAUCUACAGACAGAGGGGCUAUUAGAGCAACCUUUCAUCAGUUUACACUGCAGGUUGAGAAACGUCACACUCCUCGUGGGUUUAACCACUAGGCCUACUAUUAUGACAACUCGUGUUAGUGUGCUAUGAACUCAAAUUCUACUGCGGCCACCACUACCACUUCAAGAAUGAGUUGUUUGAAACGUGUCAUAAAACGUGUCAUCUGUAACGUCUUCUGAUACUGUCAUUCUAUAGACAGUCUAGUGUUCUUCUGCAUUCACAUUCACAUUUAGGUCAUUUAACAGAGGCUCUUAUCCAGAGUAACACAAGUCUUCCAUCCUAAAAAAUACAUUUCAAAAACGCGUUGAGAAGGGGAGUUAACCCGUAUAUUUUCUGAUAAGUGCAGUUUGAAUUGGAAUGCCACGCCUUAUCUCUCCCACCCAGCACUUCUUUCUAGUGAUACAGCUACUUUUCAGCCAGACACUCUCAAAUACUCAAAACAACUAUCAAGAGGGAUAGAGAGCGAGGGAGGGAGAGAGAGGGAGGGAGGGAGCAAGGGAGAGAGAGCGAGGGAGGGCGUAUAGAAAAGUAAGACGAGUCAGAGGAUAGAAAAAGGGUCUCUUUGAAUACAGUCACCCACUAACCCCACAUUAAUAAGACAACAAGAACAGUCCUUUGAGUGACAGUUAAACAGGCAGCCAGUCAGUCAGUCAGAGCAGGGAGUCAGCCAGGCAGGUAGCUAUCAGUCGGUCAGCCAGCCAGUCAGAGCAGUGAGUCAGCCAGGCAGGUAGCUAUCAGUUGGUCAGCCAGCCAGUCAGAGCAGGGAGUCAGCCAGGCAGGUAGCUAUCAGUCGGUCAGCCAGACAGCCAGUCAGAGCAAGGACUCAGUCAGCCAGGCAGGUAGCUAGCCAGCCAGUCAGCCAGCCUGUUAAUCAGGGAGGAUGCUGGGAUGCGGUGGGGGUGGAGUGGGGUUGCGGUACAGGCUGACCCUGGCCACAGGGCUGGUGGAGUGUCUGUGUUUUGCCGGCGUGGUCUUCGGCUGGGCAUCGCUGGUCUUCGUCCUGAAGACAGACGGAUACUUCACUGACCUGUGUGUCAGUCUGACUACUGGACCCAACAGUACAGUGGAAACAGACUGUAGUGGACAGGAUGAACAGUUCUCUCUCGUCUUCACUGUCACCUCCUUUAUGAACAACUUCCUCACGCUUCCCAACGGAUUCAUCUUCGACCGCUUCGGCACCAUGGCAACGAGGCUUCUGGGAAUAUGUCUCUACACCACUGGUACACUGAUGGUUGCCUUCUCCAGUUCAGCUCUGUCCAUGCUGCUGUUCCCAGCCCUGUCUUUCAUCGCAGUGGGGGGUAUAUUGUUCCUCAUCACAAACAUACAGGUUGGGAACCUAUUUGGCUCCCAUCGUUCCACCAUCAUCACCCUCUAUAAUGGAGCCUUUGACUCUUCCUCGGCUGUCUUCCUCAUCAUCAAGGUGAUGUAUGAAGGAGGGGUCUCCCUCCGCUCCUCCUUCCUCAUUCUCUCUGUCUGCAGUGUCAUCCACCUCCUCAGGACGUUCUUCCUCAUGCCCAACACCCACAUUCCCUACCCACUCCCUGAGGGCUUCACCUAUGGCGUAAGCCCUGGAAAGUCCAACAGCUACAACGUAGAGGAGAUUGAGAAGACGCGAGAGACGGCGAUGACAUCGGAGGGGGAGGGGCCAGCUGAGACCGACGACAUGCCCCUACAGCCUGAUGAUGGGCAGCAGUCGGAAGACUCUGGGAAAGUGGCCAGUUUCAGGAGCUGUGUGCAGUCGUGGUUCUUCCUGUGGCAUCUGGUGUGGCUGUCUGUCAUGCAGCUGCGACACUACCUCUUCAUCGGAACACUGAACCCCAUGCUCAACCGGCUGGCCGACAACGACUCAGCCCUGGUGAGUCAGUACACCAAUGCCUUUGCCUUCACCCAGCUGUGUGGGGUCCUCUGUGCUCCCUGGAACGGCCUCAUCAUGGACAGACACAAGGGGAAGCCUCUGGCUCCAGGAGAAACAGAUAAGGAGGCAGACCUGCGCUCCUCCUCUCUCUCCCUCUUCCUCACCUCCCUCCAGUGCCUCCUCUUCUCCAUCUGCGCCUCCUCUCCUCUCCUCCCUCUCCAGUACCUCACCUUCAUCCUGCAGGUCCUCAACCGCUCCUUCCUCUACGGAGGCAACGCAGCCUUCAUCAGCAUCGCUUUUCCUGGGGUCCACUUUGGGAAGCUGUAUGGUUUGGUGAUGUCUCUGUCUGCCGUGGUGUCACUGCUGCAGUACCCCUGUUUCGCCCUGGUCAAAGGAGCCCUAGGUGGAGACCCCUUCUAUGUGAACAUCGCUCUGACUCUCCUCACUCUACUGGCGUUCAUCCAUCCAAUCAACAUCUUCUACCACUGCAGGAAACUGACCAAUCAGAGGGAGGAUAUGGCCGGCGGUGCUGCCAUCACAUUGGCUGAGGCCAAAAUGUAGGGCACAUUACAUGAUGGUCCUGAGCCAAGGGAAACAGGAAUUGUCUUAUUUCUAAUUGUUUAAAGGGAAUAUGUGAAUAUGUAAAAUAAUGAAACGCUUUUUUAUACUUAUGUUUUACAGUAAUCCCAUAUUCCAUCAGUAUGUUUUGUUGGAUAGUUGUCAAUAAAAAUGAUUAUCCAUUA